AUGAGAGUCAAUAUUUUAAAAUACGUUCUUUUUUCAAUUGUUAUUUGUUCUUUUGAAUAUGCCAAAAAUGAACUAUACUUUGUAAAUGACAGAGGGAUGUACCUUGAAAGGAAUGUAACAAAUUUUAGAAAUAAUAGGAUAUUAGCAGAUGCAGAUAACCAAUUUGAUUUAAAUGAAUUUUAUCAAUCAAUUUUGAGUCUUGUAAAUCAAUUUAAUGAUUGUAAUGAUGAUAACAAAGAAAUAACAUCCAUUCGAAAUGUUAUAGAUUCACAUAUAAAGAAGCAUAAAGAAAGUAACAUAUCACUUAAUUUCAAAAAUUUAGAUAGCAAGACAAAAAAAAAAAUUAAUAAAUUUCGAACCGAAUUAGAAGAAGUAAAAAAAGAGCUUGAUAAUAAAAUGAAUUCUGAAUUAGAAAUGCAGUCGAUAUAUGAUGAACAAAUAGUAAACAAAGAUGAAAAUAGUUAUGUAUCAGAACAUCAAGACUUAGAAAAAUUGAAAAAUGAUAAAUAUAAUGAAGUUAUAUUAAGUAGAAGUUAUAAGAAAUUCAAAAUUACUCGAAAGAUGAAAAAAGAAGUAACCAAAUUCACCAUGGCAUGUUUGGGAUUUAUAGUAGUUGUUUUUUCAAUAUUAAUAGGGCCGGUGUAUUUAAUGGCACUAUUUAUACCGUCUGCGAUUCCUAUAUAUUUUUUCCUUUGGAGAGUUAAUAAAUAUUCCAAUAAAUUAAAAAAAAUAUUAAAAUGA